AAUUACUGCCAAUUUGGUCUUUAAUUCGUUCGAGCACACUGUGUGGCCGUGUCAAAGAUGUUAUCUUUUCUAAUUUCUGGGUUAAUUCCAGUCGCCUUAGUAUUAAUAUUCCGAUAUGUGAAUAAGAAAUAUGAACCGCCGAUAUUUGGAAUAUAUCAAACGAAGAAUAAAAAUUAUUGGUUAAAGUUUGUGUUUAUGUACAUCGUCAUAAGACUACGACAGCUUUUCAACCAUGUCAGACGCAUACUUGAUGUGGAGUACGGACGUAGCGCCGACGGCACCGCUCACAUCCACCAGCAGGAUGCGGCACUCGAACAAAAGUAUUUCCUCGGAGAUGACCCCCUUGCUAUAGAUGCGGUUUAUUUCAACGGAGUGUCCGAAAAUGAUGUUUUUGUUUGUAAUGUCGCGAGAAGACAAGGAUUUGUUUGCGAUGCCCUGUUGAUGUUGAAGGUAAAUGGAGAAGAAUUACUUUUGCACUCGAAUCUGCCCGACACGCAAAUGAAACAGGAGCCCAUUGAAGAAGGAGAAUACAGAGUACAGGGCAUUGUUAUCAAUAAUUUUAUGCCGAUGAGGACUUGGAAGGUCUCAUACGACGGAGAAAUGAAAUCAAGAAGUGACCCUAACAAGAAAGUAAACGUGAAGGUAUCGCUAACGUGGAGCGCACACUUCCCUCCCUUUAACUACGACACUCAAAUGUCUGCUCGGAGUUUGGCUAGAGAUAUGGCGAAGGAACCCUGGUCGCGCACUUAUUUCAAGCUUUUAAAAAAAUUACAUCAAACACAUUAUGAACAGAUGGGAUUCCUCAAGGGUACUGUUACUGUGAAUGAUAAAGAACAUACAGUUAACAUUCCUUGUGUCAGGGAUCACAGUUUUGGCCCUUUCCGAGACUGGCGCACUUUCCACCGAUACGUUCUUCAUUUUAUUUUUCUGGAAAAUGGAGAUUCGAUGGCUGUAGGUGUAGUUUCUCAACCGUCUGUUUUGUCACAUUUGACUAUCGGAUAUGUGUGCCGAAAAUUAGACAACCAGAGAGUGUUUCCUGUAGACUCCUGUGACUUUCACCUGUAUCAGCAUGGAGAAAAUAAAAUCAUGCCGAAAGACUAUGCGUUUAGUUUUGAAGCAGGUCGUCAGUCGUACGUUGUUCGUGUUAAUUUUAAGGAUGAGGAACCAUUUUACAUUGGAGAUGGGAAAGCGGCUGUAAUCUACGAAAGAUGGUGUGCAGUAGAAGUCAACGGAGUAAAGGGCUGGGCGUGUGUGGAAUGUCAAUAUAAGAAUGCGUAGUUAACAGGCUUAUUAAAGCGGUAGGUAUGUUCCAUUGCUUUAGAGAUGAGGGAGUGGAUUUUCUUGGGAGCUGCCACUGCCGUAGGUUUAAAGUAUUUCGUACAUAAAAGUUAGGCACUCUUUGUAAAGAAAAAGUGGCAUUAACUUUUUUCCAUACAGAUUUUAAAUUGUUAUUUUUCCUUUUUUUUAUUUUGGACAUGUGGUGAUAGGAUGAGAACUUUUUUAUAAUUAAAUAAAAGGGCACACGUUGAGCUCUUGUUGUCUUGAGAGCUUGUGAUGUGAGUCCAAAGAGAAAUAAUUAAGAAAAAUAAUUACUAUAAAGUAAACGCAUUUUGAUGCAAAGAACUAUAAAAUUAGCCAAGUUUCUAUUGUGUCGAGAAAUAAGAUAACCCAAAGCUAACCGCCACAUAAUGUUCGAUAAGAAAUACCUAUAAUCAUCUGUGUGGCGCGUGUGUAAAAGAAGUAUUAAAUUUAAAUAUAAAUGUCAAUUCAGGCAAAUGAACAAUUUGUACCUUAAUUAUUAUUAUAAAAGAAAAAAAUUAAAAUUGUUAAAUUUCACCAUCAUCGAUCGAAUUUGGUUCUCUGCCUUUUCGGCGAAAAUCGUUUGGCAGAUCAUCACUUGCCAAUCAACGUUUCGCAGAAUUUUAUUUCGCGGAAUAAUCAUUUGUCAACUAUAUCACUUAAUUUUGUUUCAUUUCCCAACUUAACUAUUGCCAACUGUACGUUUGGUCUGGCUUUUAUAAUGACACUUUUCACAAGGCCAACUUUCAAGUAGCGAACGUUUCAGUUAGAGUAAUAUUAAUUUAAUUUUAUGUAUUUUUUACCAAAUAAUAUAUUAUUGUUUUUUUUCCAUAAAUAUUUUUCUACUGUAGCUAAUAUUCAAGUGCCCUGUGUAGUGAAACAAAAGCGAUUCGGUUCUGGCACUUCGCCGGCCGCUGCCGCGGCACGCUCGCUUCGCUCGCUCGGCUCGUGCGUUGAUGGUCGCAGUUCUAACCUAACCUAACCGAUUUCUUUCGAUUUCACCUCAACUACGUUAAUAAAGGAAACCGUUGCCAACGAGGGGGAAAUAGAAAAUAUAUUAACAGGUGCCCCACCAGAACCUAAGAAAAAAAAAAUACUUAGACAAAGACGAAAGAAUAACAGAAUUCUUGAACACAAAUCUUCAUAUUCACAUGAAAAUUAUUAAUGUGCAUUGCUGCUAAUUUAAAGUGUUAAUUUUUUUUUGUAAUUCUUUAAUAAAAAUUGCAUGUCGAAAUUAGUUUAUUUUAUAUCAUAAUAUAAAUGUACGAAAAAGGUACUGUUAUACAGACGAAACGUUAUUCGUCUAAAAGUUGUCUGGCCUAGUGAAGGAUUUGAUAAAUGAUAAGUGCCCGAAACGUGUUCUGUCAUUAUAAUAAUGAGCUUAACAAUAAUUCUACCAAAUGAAACGUUAUCAUACAAAAAUUUGACAAUCGUUAGUUGUCAAAGUGAAAAUCAGGCGAACCGUUGGUUGGCAAGUGAUAAUCCGCUAAACAAUUUUCGGCGAGAAGGCAGGAUACCAUCGAAUUUCAUAAUACCGAUAAGAAGUUAAUUAUUAACUUUCUGUGGCAUGCUACAUUUGUUAUCAUUAUUUUAACUAACAAUCGGUCUGUCCUAUUAUGAUUUUUUGUGAGACUGUAGGAUUCCAAUACCACCGAUGGAUGUUAAAUGUUAUAAAUAAAACAUAUUUAAAGAAUGA